GCUAUGUCUGUGUAACAUAUUUCCUAACCUCAAGAGUCAUUAACGCAGAACGCUUAAUAUCUUGAUUCGCGGGAUCAGCCGCUACGUUUGUCCGAUUCUUUCGUUUUGAAUGAAAACGCGUUGAAUGAGCCUAAUUUCAUCAAAAUUGGAGGUCAGUGUAAAUAAGGACGUAUCGAAUAUUUAAUCCGCACCAAUUUGAUACGCGUACUAACAAAAGGGGUCAAAUAUUCAACAGAAGUUGAUGUACUAUGAACCGACUGGAUGAUCCGCCAGGGCUCAUGAAAGGCAGAAAACCAUCUUUCAUUGGAAUGAACGGGGCUCCGGAGACGGAUGAUCAGCAGCGAGUACGAUUUCAGGUUGAAUUAGAGUUUGUACAAUGUCUUGCCAAUCCAAAUUACUUAAAUUUUUUGGCACAACGUGGGUAUUUCAAAGACGCAACAUUUAUUAAUUACCUUAAAUAUCUAUUGUACUGGAAAGAACCGGAAUAUGCAAAGUAUUUAAAGUAUCCUAUGUGCUUGUAUUUCCUGGAUUUAUUACAGUAUGAGCACUUUAGAAGAGAAGUUGUGAAUUCUCAAUGUACAAAAUUUAUUGAUGAUCAGCAGAUUCUGUUAUGGCAGCAUUACACUAGACGUCGAACAAGACUUCUACAAACAGCUGCUGAACAAACGCAACAUACUAAUUCUCAAAACAAUGGUAUCGUUCAACCUAAAGUUCCCUGAAGUUGUAAUUUUAUAUUUAUCCCAUAUAUUUAUUCUCUACAUUUAAUGUUUUUUCCAAUAUAAAUAGUGCUUCUAUAGGGAUUAAUUAAUAGGUUGUUGCUUGACUGUGAUAAAUAAUU